UGCAGUUAGAUUGGCAGCACUAUCAUCAGCUGUCUGUUGUCUUUGCGCUCAGAGCUAAAGUUGUUAUUCAACAAGCAGAUUAAAAACAGUGCCAAUUAAUAAUGCAAAAUUGUAUUAAACUUUUGCCGCUGGCUCUCAAGUGCCAACAGCGCACCAUCAGCACAACAGCGCAAUUGGCCGGAAAGCGUAACUUCCGUAAAUUUAAUGUCUACGGCAAACGUGGAACACGUGUGGUCAAGGAAGCCCAGCAAACGCUUGUUAAUCCGCCGGUGGCCAUUCAUAAACGUGGCGUUCGCGACACUGGCAUCACAGUGAACGGGCAAUAUGUAGAGAUUCUAGAGAAAAUUCCCGACAUCAUUGUACCAGAUCUGACAGGCUGCAAAUUGAAGCCAUAUGUAUCAUACAAGGCGCCAGAAGUAGUACAAUCUGAGUUCACCAGUCUGGAUCUCUUCAAUGCUGUAUACUCACAGAAGAUUAUUGAAGAUUUCAAAGCCGGUAAGCUGCAGGCCGAUGGCAAUGCAACGGAACCCUCGCCCAAUGAGCAACUUACGCCGCAGGAAGCAUUGCAACGAGCUCGCAAAACGGGGAGUGAUAUAUUUUAGUAAUAGUCUUAAGCGAUUCAUUAAAUAUGUUAUACCAAUUAAAUACAAGUUGAGCGGCUAAACACUAAAUGUACUUUCGUCGAUAAUUGUAUAGUUUUCGCAGCCACUUCUCUGCUUUCACUUCAGAAUCGCCCAAAAACUGCAAGAAAUAAAGCAAAAAUAAAAUAUACGUAUAUUUAAAAUGAA